AUGCCAGAGAAGAAACGUAUGACUACCAGGCUCAAGGAGCUGUUUGAGCGUCCGGAGAUUUUCGUUCUGGCCGGCGGGAUGAACGCCAUGGGCGCAAAGAUGGCCGAGGUGCUGGGGUUCGAGGCCUUUUACAUGUCCGGGGGAAAUACCUCGGCCCAACUCCUGGGUUGGACCGAGGGCGGGACCAGUAUGCGAGACAUGGUGGACAAUGCCAGGCGCAUCGUAAACACGGUGGACAUUCCGGCGUUCGUUGACAUGGAUACCGGCUACGGGGAUGCCGUUAUGGUUUACGAGACCGUGAAGGAAUACAUCCGGGCCGGGAUCGCCGGCACCCACCUGGAGGACCAGACCUACCCUCCGAAGAGCGGUCCCCGCCGCAGGUGCGUUUCCAUCGAAGAGAUGGUGGGCAAGCUAAGGGCCGCGAUGGACGCCAAGAUGGAGCUGGACCCGGACUUCGUAAUUGUGGCCAGAUGCGAUUACGCCGGCGUCCCGGGAGCGACCUUCGAGGACGUGAUGGAACGCUGCCUGGCUUACAAGAGCCAGACCAACGUGGACGUAGUCUGCCCCGCCGUCGCGUCCUGGGAGGACAACCAGGAAGCCAUCCGGCGGAUACCCGGUCCAGUGCUGCCACUGUUCACCCACGGGAGCCAGACUCAUCCCACUUUGGAAGAGUUGCAGGAAGCAGGGGCCGCCGCAGCCUGGUAUCCCGGGCUCACUACCAUGGCGGGGCUUCAGGCGUCUUGGGACUUACUCAGCGAUUUCCAGGAACGGGGCACCGGCGCCAUCGACGAUUUUUUGGCGACGGCUGCUCAAAGCAGGUGGGGUGUGGCCAGCAACGGAGGUAUCCUGGGGGCGCAGCACAUUCGGGAGAUGGAGGACAAGUACCUGCCAUAA